CUCUGUCUCUCUGUCUCUCUCGCACUCUCUCUCCCACACACCCACACGAGAAAGAUCUGAAUCCAAACCCCAUCAGAAAUUCUUCCUCUUUGCGACCUUAAAACUAAAUUUUGAUAAAAGCCAAAAAUGUCUUCGACCUUCAGCGGCGAUGAAACUGCUCCUUUCUUCGGCUUUCUCGGCGCUGCUGCCGCCCUCGUCUUCUCCUGUAUGGGUGCGGCUUAUGGAACAGCGAAGAGUGGAGUUGGCGUGGCGUCAAUGGGGGUGAUGAGGCCGGAGCUCGUGAUGAAGUCCAUCGUGCCUGUUGUCAUGGCUGGUGUUUUGGGUAUAUACGGAUUGAUUAUCGCUGUGAUUAUCAGCACUGGUAUUAACCCGAAAGCCAAGUCUUAUUAUCUUUUCGAUGGAUAUGCGCAUCUGUCUUCGGGCUUGGCCUGUGGCCUUUCUGGACUUGCUGCCGGAAUGGCUAUUGGAAUUGUGGGAGAUGCUGGUGUUAGAGCUAAUGCACAGCAGCCUAAGCUUUUUGUUGGAAUGAUCCUCAUUCUAAUUUUCGCUGAAGCUUUGGCACUCUACGGUCUUAUUGUUGGAAUUAUAUUGUCUUCACGAGCUGGCCAGUCCAGAGCUGACUAGUGGAAAAGCGGGUAAUGUUGUAGGAAUUGAAUUGUCACAGAUUUGAGUUGCUAUUUUUUACUUGCAUUAUAAUUCAUCAUUAAAGUUAAUUGUGUUCUCUUCACAUUUAUUCUAUGGUUGAGCAUUGGGUUUGUAGUAUUAGUGACUAGUGAGGAUGUUUUUCUACUUAAUAAGAGCUCAUAGCUAUCUUUUGUUGCAUUAUUUGAUUUUCUUGUGAACUUGGGAUUUCCGGACAAUGUAGGAACCUUCUUUCUAUGAUGUUAUAACCCUUGCCCGUAUCUAAGUAUUUAGAUAUGUGAAUGUAUAAUUCGCUUGGAAGGAUUUCAUCAA